AUGGCAGAAGCCAGAUUUUCUCAGGAUGAGUUCUUGUGUCCAGUGUGUCAGGAUCUCCUGAAGGAUCCAGUGACUAUUCAUUGUGGACACAGUUACUGUAAGAGCUGUAUUACAGGCUGCUGGGAUCAGGAGGAUCAGAAGAGAGUCUACAGCUGCCCUCAGUGCAGACAGACCUUCAGUCCAAGACCUGCUUUAGGGAAAAACACCAUUCUGGCUGAACUAGUGGAGAAACUGAAGAAGACCAAACUCUCUGCUGACUGUUACGCUGGAGCUGGAGAUGUGCAGUGUGACGUCUGUACUAGUUUCCAGUCUCUCUCAGCACCUCCUGAAUCUACAGAUGUAAAUGACGAUUCCUUCAGUUCUCUCCUCUCUUUUGAUGGCCUGAGAGAAUCUGUUCAUGAGCUGAGAGAUAAACUGGAGGAUUUCUGCAAAAAGGAGCUCAAGAAGAUCUCAGACAGAGGUCUUAAAGGCCCUGUAAAAUGGAUGAAUCGUCUUCCUCCACAGCAGCAUAUGUAUGCCUAUCAACAAUCAACACACACCCCACCUCUCCAGUCACCAGCAGUCCCAUUUGGCACUGUAUUUGGUGCUCAGUUUACCAAGAAAGAGGAUCAGUGGGACUGUGACUCCUGCCUAGUGAGGAAUGAAGCCUCAGCAACUGAAUGUGUUGUUUGCAAAGCCCCCUGCAGCAUUGAAAAAAGUAAUGCAGCAUCACAAAGUGGGUUAACUUCCAUGUUUGGUAAAAAAGAUGGACAGUGGGAUUGUGACUAUUGCCUGAUAAGAAAUGAAGGUUCAUCAAACCAUUGUGUUUCAUGUCCGACAGCAAACCCAAAUUUAAAAAACAAGACCUUUGCUGCACCGUCAAGUUCCUCUUUUACCUUUAGUUUCGGAAGUUCUAGCAGCCAACCUGCUGCAACAGGAUUUAAAGCCAAUUUCAUUCCAGGCCCUGCUUUUCAGUUCGACACAUGUAAGGAUAAAGCAUCCUCAGAAGGCUUCAAGUUUGAGUCCUCUACAACGAAGGCUGAAAAGUCAUCAAGCAGGUUUUCGUUUUCCAUGCCGGCGCCUGUUGGUGGAUUUAAGUGUGGCAUUGCAGAAGCUGAGGCAAAACCAUCAGACAGACAGUCACAAAAUGGAUCUGCAUCUGACCUCCUCAAAAAUAUUGCAGAGCUUCACAAAGAGAAAGAAAAAGAGGCAGCCCCAAGUUCCUCAGAUCAGUCUGUAGACGCUGAUAGCCACACUAAUAAUCCCCUCAUUACUGGAAAGCCUAACACUUUUAGUUUCACUGACUUGGCUAAGUCACUAGGCAGUUUUCAGUGUGGCCAGAAUGAUCCUGCUUUCAAAGGCUUUGCAGGGGCUGGCGAGCAGCGCUUUACAGGAGUUCAUUGUAGCCUCAAGGCAGACACCUCUUUUGAUCAAGAUGAUGAAAUCUACAAAACCGAGGAGAAUGGCGAUAUUCAGUUUGAGCCCGUUGUUCAGAUGCCGGAGAAGGUCGACCUUGUUACAGGGGAAGAAGUUGAGAAAGUCUUGUAUUCACAGCGUGUCAAACUCUUCAGAUUUGAUACGGAAAUAAGCCAAUGGAAAGAAAGAGGAGUCGGCAACCUUAAACUGCUCAAGGAUAACCAGAACGGGAGACUUCGAGUUCUUAUGAGGAGAGAGCAGGUGUUGAAAGUGUGUGCUAAUCACUGGAUCACAACCACAAUGAACUUAAAGCCCCUCUCUGGCUCGGAUCGAGCCUGGAUGUGGGUAGCCAGUGACUUCUCAGAUGGAGAUGCCAAAUUAGAACAACUUGCUGCAAAAUUCAAAACACCUGAGCUUGCAGAAGAGUUCAAGCUAAAAUUCGAGGAGUGUCGGCGACUGCUUUUGGAUAUUCCUUUGCAGACGCCUCACAAGCUCGUGAACACUGGCAGAACAGCCCAGCUUAUAAAGCAAGCUGAAGAAAUGAAAUCUGGGCUUAAGAAUUUCAAAUCAUUCUUGACUUGCCAAAACAAGGAUGACAAAAGUGGCGAUACAAGUCAUAUGCAUGAGGACUAUGCCAACUCCUCUGUGCACGAUACCCCUUCGCAGCCAGAUCCAGUAGCAAAAAAUAUAUUCCGCUUUGGCGAAUCGUCCACAGGCUUCAGUUUCAGUUUUCAGCCUAUUCUCAGUCCCUCUAAAUCUCCAUCUAAGCUAAACCAGAGCCAGGCUUCUGUUGGCACAGAUGACGAACAAGAAGCAUCGCAGGAGGAAGAGCGAGAUGGUCAGUACUUUGAGCCUGUUGUGCCACUGCCUGAUCUUGUUGUGGUCUCAACAGGAGAGGAGAACGAGCAAGUCCUUUUCAGUCACCGGGCCAAAUUAUACCGCUACGAUAAAGAUCUUAGUCAGUGGAAUGAACGAGGUAUAGGAGACCUUAAAAUACUACAACACUAUGAAACAAAGCGUGUCAGACUCGUGAUGAGACGGGACCAGGUCCUCAAACUGUGUGCAAACCAUUGGAUUGCUUCCAAUAUGAAGCUCGAGCCCAUGAACGGAGCCGAGAGAGCGUGGAUCUGGAGUGCCUUUGAUUUUGCUGAAGGGCAGGGCAAGGUUGAACAGCUGGCAGUUCGAUUUAAACUGCAGGAAACUGCAAAUGCUUUCAAAGAAGUCUUCGAAGAGGCAAAGACUGCACUGGAAAGAGACACUCUACUCACCCCAUUUUCUGUAAGAGUACCUGCCUCUACCCAGUAGAUGCUUUGUGGCAAGGCUGCAGUUGGAGCUAAACACAUCUCUGGUUUAGGUUCUAGAUAGUUUCUUCACUUUUUUUAAU